AUGAUAAAUGCCUGUACACUAUUGUUAUGCGUUAGCCAAUUAUGUCUAUUGAUUCAAACAUUGAUUGUCGACUGUGAUUCUACUGAUAUUGUGUCUACUUCUCAAAAGGUAACCGCUGGUCCAGGAGAAUCGGAGACAUUUCAGUUCAUUCCAUACGUGGCGUACUCUUCGAAUGGUACUGUAGAAGGUCAACUAGUCUAUGUCAAUGAAGGCACAAAAAAGGAUUUUAAGACCCUGAAAGCUUAUAACAUCUCCGUUGAAGGGAAGAUUGUUAUUUGUCGAAGGAUAUCUGGAAACGUUUUGGAAGCAGCCAAACAUGGAGCUAUCGGCGCACUCUUUUAUCCAGACCCUUCCACCUACAGCCAAGCUGGUCAAUCAGAUGAAGAURUGUAUCCMAACACAGUAUGGAGCUCAAGUGACUCCAUCUACGAGAAACCAGUAAGAUCAAUGUUUGGUGAUCCCUUGACGCCAGGUCUCCCGGCUCUGCCUGGCAUGUACAGACGACCUUUAAAUGAGACAAGCCUUCCCACAAUUCCAUCACAACCGAUAUCGUUUGAGGAUGCGCAGAAACUGUUGAGCAGAAUGAAUGGAAGCGAAGUACCAGAAAUUUGGCGAGGAGCCCUUAAUUUGACUUACAGGUUUGGUCCAGGAUUCACKACAUCCAACACGACAGUUCGCAUCAAAGUCCACAACAUAAUGAAAGAGAYGAAAAUUUAUAACGUCAUUGGAACUAUUCGGGGGAGGGAGGAGCCAGAUAGGAUUGUCCUCAUUGGUAACCAUAGAGACGCCUGGUUGUUUGGUGCUGUUGACCCCUCUAGUGGUACUGCAACACUCAUUGAGAUGUCACGYGUUAUUGGGAACUUACUGAAAACAGGUUGGAGGCCAAGAAGGACCAUUAUGUUUUGUAGUUGGGGAGCAGAAGAGUUUGGCCUGGUAGGUUCGGUGGAAUGGGUGGAGCAGCACUCCAAGCUGCUUAACGACCGUGCUAUUGCAUAUCUCAACACCGAUGUUGCUGUUGGCGGGAAUUUUGUCCUUGUUGUUCAGAGCUGCCCACUAUUAGUAGAUUUUAUCUUCUCUUGGGCUAAGAAAGUGCGAGAUCCUAAUGCGCAUGGCARCAAGACUUCUUUGUAUGACAUAAUGACCGAAAGGAUGCCACUAUCAAAAACAAGAAAAGGUGAACCAACUGUGCUUUCAUUCCGAUACAUGAGUGAUUACUACCCGUUCUAUAUGAAUGUAGGGGUUCCAUCGGCUGACUUUAGUUACUUUUUUGGAUACAAAAACCAAUGGCAGCUUUACCCAGUCUACCACACGCAGCAUGACACGUUCUACUGGGUGAAAAAGUUUAUCGAUCCGGAGUUUAAAUUCCACGAAGCUAUGGCUAAGUUUCAAGGGGGAAUGCUUCUUGACCUGGCAGACCUUCCACUWCUACCAUAUGGUAUACAGCGGCUGUCCGACUCGCUGAAGGAUGCRGUAAAAUCACCGGGAUUUUUAGAGUUCAAAAAACUAAACCUUCACACUGAUCAUGUCAUURAAGCUGUGAACAAAUUUGGAAAUGCAUCGAAGGAGUUCUUGGAGGCGAAGAAUAAAUUGACAGGAAAGGAAAGCGAUUUAGUGAGAAGAAUUUUCAACGAUCAGAUGGUCCAAGUAGAGAAGGCACUCCURCGURCGGACUUGUAUUCUAGGGAUCCUAUAAAUAGGCACGUCAUAAUUGGAAACAUUUUCUUAGGUGUACAUAGUGCUAAGGUAGAUGGCAAUUUGAAAGAAGCCAACAGACAGUUAUCCGCUGUUGCAGAAGCUUUUUCUUCGGCUGCAGAUGUUCUAAAACCUCUGAAGAGUUUGGGAUUCAAUAUGGCACCCUCUGUGUUUAUCCAAAUUUGGGCAGCAUUUGCUAGUCUGUUAAUUUGUUUAUUAUAGUUUAUUUUUUUACAAGCUUUUACGUUAUGUUUAUGUAAUUAUAUAGGCUGAAAUUGA